UCCCUCCGCCCCGGCUCCUCCAACCCCUGGUCUGGCAGGGGGUACCGCCCGGGCUAGGGCCGGGGAACUGGGCCGAGCCUCCCGUCCCCCUCCCGCAAUCCCCUGCCGCGUCCCGCCGGCUGGACGCGCAGGAGAAGUUGUGCCGCGCCCGGGCCGGCCCUGGGGGCUGACCGUCGUUAAAGUUUGGCCCGAAGAGGAAGUGGCUUCGAGCCCCGGCAGGUGGCGGCCGGGCCUGGACAGGGGCGCUCGCGGCCUGCGGGCGGGCUCCCGGCGAGGGCGUGCUCAAGCGCCGGGCCUCGAACCGAUUCCCGGGACUUCGGGAGCUGGCCUUGGGGGAAAGCGCGGCGGCGGCCGGGGAAAACAACUCCGAAGUUGGAGAGAGGCACCGCCCCUGCUCCCGGACGGCCGCCCCCUCCCCGCCCCCAGCCCUGGCAUCCAGAGCACGGGUCGGGGAGUCCGGGCCAUGGAGCCCCUUCGGGGAAGCGGCAGCGGGGGGUCUGGACCGCCGGAGCGGCGCCACCUCCCCACGGGAUAGACGACGGAAGCUCCGGGACUCUUCCUGCACCUCCGGACCGCUCAGGAUGCUGCCCACCACCCUCCUCUUCCUCCUCCUGGGAGGCGCUCUGGCACAUCCAGACCGGAUCAUUUUCCCAAAUCCUGCCUGUGAGGACCCUCCGGCAGUGCUCUUCGAAGUGCAGGGCACCUUACAGAGGCCCCUAGGCCAGGACAGCCGCAGUGCACCUGCCAACUGCACCUGGCUUAUCCUGGGGAGCAGGGAGCAGACCGUAACGGUGAGGUUCCAAAAACUACACCUGGCCUGUGGCUCAGAACGCUUAGUUCUGCGCUCCCCUCUCCAGCCACAGAUCUCCCUGUGUGAGGCACCAGCCAGCCCCCUGCAGCUUCCUGGGGGCAACGUCACCAUCACCUACAGCUAUGCCGGGGCCAGAGCACCCCUGGGCCAGGGCUUCCUGCUCUCCUACAGCCAAGAUUGGCUGAUGUGUCUGCCUGAAGAGUUCCAGUGCCUGAACCACCGCUGCGUGCCCUUGGCCCACCGCUGCGACAGCAUCGAUGCCUGUGGCGAUGGCUCUGAUGAGGCAGGCUGCAGCUCAGACCCCUUCCCUGACCUGACCCCAGCCCCUGUCCCCACCCCACCCUGCAAUCACACCUUGGAAGACUUUUAUGGGGUCUUCUCUUCCCCGGGCUACACACACCUGGCCUCCGUCUCCCACCCCCAGUCCUGCCUCUGGCUGCUGGACCCCCAUGACGGUCGGCGGCUGGCAGUGCGCUUCACGGCUCUGGACCUGGGCUACGGAGAUGCGGUACACGUGUAUGAUGGCCCUGGGCCUCCCAAGACCUCUAGGUUGCUGCGCAGCCUCACCCACUUCAGCAACGGCAAGGCUGUCACUGUGGAGACGCUGUCCGGCCAGGCCAUCGUGGCCUACCACACAGUUGCCUGGAGCAAUGGCCGGGGCUUCAACGCCACCUACCAUGUGCGGGGCUACUGCCUGCCCUGGGAUCGACCCUGCGGCUUGGGCGCCAGCCUGGGGGCCAGCGAGGGCCUGGGGGAGCGCUGCUACAGUGAGGCACAGCGCUGUGACGGCUCCUGGGACUGUGCCGAUGGCACGGACGAGGAAAACUGCCCCAGCUGCCCACCCGGACACUUCCCCUGCGGGGCGCCCGGCACCCCCGGGGCCACCGCCUGCUACCUGCCUGCUGACCGCUGCAACUACCAGACCUUCUGCGCCGACGGAGCGGACGAGAGACGCUGCCGGCACUGCCAGCCUGGCAACUUCCGCUGCCGGGAUGAGAAGUGUGUGUAUGAGACCUGGGUGUGCGACGGGCAGCCAGACUGCGCCGACGGCAGCGAUGAGUGGGACUGCUCCUACGCCCUACCGCGCAAGGUCAUCACAGCCGCCGUCAUUGGCAGCCUGGUAUGCGGCCUGCUGCUGGUCAUCGCCCUGGGCUGCACCUGCAAGCUCUAUGCCAUUCGCACGCAGGAGUACAGCAUCUUUGCCCCCCUGUCCCGGAUGGAGGCUGAGAUCGUGCAGCAGCAGGCGCCACCCUCCUACGGGCAGCUCAUUGCCCAGGGCGCCAUCCCACCUGUAGAGGACUUUCCUACAGAGAACCCUAACGAUAACUCAGUGCUCGGCAAUCUGCGCUCCCUGCUGCAGAUCUUGCGGCAGGACAUGACUCCAGGGGGUGCCUCAGGUGCCCGCCGCCGCCAGCGGGGCCGCUCUGUGCGCAGGCUGGUGCGCCGGCUCCGCCGCUGGGGCCUGCUUCCUCGAGCCAACCCCCCGGCCCGGAGCCCUGAGACCAGAUCGCAGGUCACACCUUCUUCCGCUCCCCUUGAGUCUCCAGAUGGCAACACAGGUCCUGCCUGUGAGGGUGGGGCGGUGGGUGGGCAGGAUGGGGAACAGGCACCCCCACUGCCUGUCAAGGCUCCCCUUCCACCAGCCAGCGCAUCUCCAGCACCCACUACUGUCUCCGAGGCCCCAGGGCCACUGCCUUCCAUGCCCCUAGAGCCGUCACUGUUGUCUGGAGUGGUGCAGGCCCUGCGAGGCCGCCUCCUGCCCAGCUUUCGGCCCCCAGGACCACCUCGAACCCCACCUGAACCCCACACCACAGUCCUUUCUCCAGAGGACGAGGAUGAUGUGCUUCUGUUGCCGCUGGCUGAGCCGGGGAUCUGGGUGGUCGAAGCGGAGGACGAGCCACUGCUUGCCUGAGGUGACCCAGCACCCAUGGGGGCUCUGGUCGCCAUGACGACAACCCUUUAGAGGGCAGCUUGGUUUCCCUUAUCCUACUUCCUUCCCUGAUCUUCCGUCUGAGGGGCCUUGGUGAGUCUCCUGUUAACCCUGUGUAGCUGCUGUAAAAUUAGGUAUCCCUCAGGCAGGGAAAGGGCUCCCACAGAGCUCCCUCUGCGCAUGCCCAAGACCGCAGUCUCUACCGCCACCGUCUCUCCACACCACCACUACCCAUGUGGCUGUUUUUAAAAAGUAAAUUUCUUAAAGGGUCAUAGGCCUGGACACUCCAUCCUUACCAAACCCUUACCCAAAAGUGGCCUUUAAGCACCAUAAUGUCAAUUGGCUGGAGACCUCCAGCCCUCAGGGGAAGGAUUUGGGUAGAGCCUGAGGCUUUGCCAACUAUAAUCCUUCCUACCAGGCCUGGCUCAUAAAAAGAGCACAAAAAAAUGCUUUUGUCCCAUAGCUCGGUCAUUGCCCAGCAAGUCAAGGUUGAAAAUAAAAGAACAAGAAAUCUCA